AUGUCCAUCCAGUGUUUAAGACAGCUCCUGCUCCUGGUAAUCCUAGCCCAUUACAGUUGGGCAGGUAUUCCGAUAAGGAACCAAAGGAAUUCCUCCCAUCUUAUGGUCAAAACGAGUGAGAUCCUUUGCAAAGCCAGAAUCAAAGUGCUCUUUGUUUACUUUGAGAACCAAACAUCGCAUGAGCACACGGGUCAAAUUCUAAGGGAGGUGACCAAGUGCAACAUAUCCUACAUUUCGCUGAGAAAUCAAAUUGGACCACUGGAAGCGGUCAAAGAUGAUGGGAUACUCAUGUACAUGGUGAUGAUUAUCACGAACAUUUCGCAGCCAUUGGAACUGUCGCUCAUCCGGAAAAAGUCAGCUGCCAAGCACCGGUCGCAUGUUUUCCUCUUGGUGAGAGAUGCCGACACGGUUUCCGAUGCCUGGAUGCGAGCUAGCUUCCGGCAGUUCUGGAAGAUCUGGCUGCUGAACAUCGUGAUCCUCUACUGGCGAGACAACCGCAUCAAUGCGUAUCGGUACAACCCGUUCACGGACAACUACUUGAUUCCGGUGGAGCACGAACCAGAUGGACUGCCCACCCUUGAGCAGCUCUUUCCCAAAACCAUACCCAACAUGCAGAGGAAGCCCCUGAGGAUGUGCAUCUACAAGGACGACGUGAGGGCGAUCUUCUGGCAGCACGGACUGCUCCUCGGAACGGAUGGGCUGCUGGCGGGUUACGUGGCCGAGAGGCUGAAUGCCACCAUGAUGAUAACCCGCCCGCACGCCUACAACAAGCACAACCUCAGCUCAGACAUCUGCUUCUUGGAGGUGGCCAAGGAGUACGUGGAUGUGGCCAUGAACAUACGCUUCCUGGCUCCGGACACUUUCCAGAAGCUGGCGGAGAGCACGGUGUCCCACAUGCGCGACGACCUCUGUGUGAUCGUGCCGAAAGCCAAGGCGGCUCCCACUUUCUGGAAUAUAUUCCGGUCGUUUGGAACAUCGGUUUGGGCCCUGAUUCUAGCCUCUGUUCUGGUGGCGAAUGCCUUCUGCUAUGUCCUGCGAACUGGAGUGGGCGGGGCUCCCAUGCAGCUGUUUGCCGGGGCCUUGACCAUGCCCAUGACCCAGAUCCCACUGAACAACUCGCUGCGCUUCUUCCUGAUCUUCUGGCUCUACUUCGGACUGCUCAUCUGCUCGGCGUUCAAGGGGAAUCUGACCAGCAUGAUGGUGUUCCAGCCGUACCUGCCGGAUAUAAACCAGUUGGAUGCCUUGGCCAAGUCGCAGUAUCACAUCCUCCUUCGCCCCAGACACGUGAAGCACAUCCAGCAUUUCCUGACCCUGGGCCACAAGCACGAGGCCAGGAUCCGGGAGCAAAUGCUGGUGGUUCCCGAUGAACAAAUGGUCCAAAUGCUGAAGCACAACGACGUAAGAUAUGCCUAUUUGGAGAAGUACCACAUUGGCCGUUUCCAGGUUAACAACCGGAUGCACAUGCACCUGGGUCGACCGCUUUUCCACCUGAUGAACAGCUGCCUGGUGCCCUUUCACGCCGUCUACAUCGUACCCUACGGAUCGCCCUACCUAGGAUUCCUGAACUCGCUCAUCCGGAGUUCGCAUGAGUUCGGAUUCGAGCGCUACUGGGACCGCAUCAUGAACUCCGCCUUCAUCAAAUCGGGCGUGAAAAUGGUGAACCGCAGGCGGGGCAGCAGGGAAGGUCCUGUGGUCCUCAAGCUGGAGCACUUUCACGCCGUAUUCGCCCUCUGGCUGGUGGGGAUCGGGGUGGCAUGCAUGGUGCUGCUCUGGGAGCACUUGACCCACAACUACAACUGGGCGGUAACAAAGCGGCGCCACUAAGCAUCGCAUGCAACAUGCAACGAACUCUUCGGUUAUG